AUGGUUACGGAGACGAACAGGGACGUUUACCAGACAAACAAGCCAGGGUGGUACAAUCUUUCCAAAGAUGAAUUGAAAGUCUUCCUUGGAAUGCUUCUCUUGAUGAUUGUCAAUCCGAGUCACCAUUUCUACCUGUACUGGAGCAGCGACUCAUUCUUUAAUGUACCCAAGAUAUCCAAUGUAAUGAGCUUCAAGUGGUUUCAGGCAGUCUUGAACUACAUUCACCUCAGUGACAAAUUGGAACAGAAGAAGAAGGGAGAGGAUGGCUAUUGCUUGGGAAAAAUUCGCCCUUUGGUCACAGCCCUGGAUGAGCGCUUCACACAGAACCACACAGCUUCCUCCCACUAG